UAUUGUCAUACACGUGCCUACGCCAAGCCAGGACGCUUGGCUGCUCUAGUGCAGUUGCUAUCCUUACGAAACAGUCGCAGAAAUGGCCGACGCCAAGGAGCAGCUCAAGGCCAAGCUCAAGGCGGAUCCCUCGUUCCGCGCUGAGCUGAAGGACCGCAUUAAGGGCGCGCUCCUUUCAAAGGUGCCUGCAACGCAGGCCAUUUCCUACAACUUCGACAGCUACAUGCUCACGGAGGUGCAACCGGGCCAGCUGCGUGUGCUGGAGGUGGAUGAGCGCCUGGUUCUGCCCACCAAUACGCUCAUCCGUUUGCUUGUUACCGCCUCGGACGUGCUACACAGCUGGGCAGUCCCUGCGCUUGGCGUGAAGAUGGACGCCAUUCCUGGGCGUCUCAACCAAGUCUGGCUCUCCAUCAACCGUGAGGGCGUUUUCUAUGGUCAGUGCUCUGAGCUAUGCGGUGCCAACCACAGCUUCAUGCCCAUUGUGGUUGAGGCAAUCAGCCCACGCCAGUUCCUCACCGAGUACGUGAAGAAGUGGAUCUCUUAACUCAUGAGCACCCUCGGCUAAAUAGGCUUGCUUCCGAAACAAAGGGCCAUAACGGAAGCCCUGGGCUUGUCCUUAACAGUGCGCGUGCUUGUGACAAGUUUGUCUGUCUUAGAUGAUAGCUCUGACUUUAGAUUUGGACUAGAUUGAGGAGUGGGUGACUUGUGAUUUCACGCAAGUGUUGCUAAUCGUAACGUGCUUUUUGCCUCUCAUCGAUUACCCUUCGUAUGGGGUACUACAUAGGCUGUGGUUUAUUACGAUGGACCAUCCAAACCUGGAUUAGACGAGUAGAUGUGGUGCAUUGUAACCCUGUAAAUUUUAUGAUUGCUU